AGCCCCCGAAAAAUGAACGACCAGGAAGCUGUACGGAGGAAACAGGGAUGAAACGAUGCGUUCUUUGUACAAGUACCCUGCAUUAACUGUUACUAUAGGGAUAAUAUAAUUACACCAGGCGUGAUGUUUGUACAUUGUCAAAUAUGUAUGAAUUAAAAUUUAAAUAGCUAUUGUUUCAACAUUAUACAAAGGGUUAUUGUAACAAUGUAACAUGUUGAUAAUUCCUUAGCCAAUGCGGCUGUGAUAUAGCUUGUACCUCCAGAUCCCCCCUCCCUCCCCCUCCCCUACCUCCACGACGACUCGUUGCUUUGAGACAGACAGCAUAUAAUCAGCGUGUGCGCAACAGCACACAUCAAGCACAGAAAACCAGCGAGAGCAAAUCUGUUGAGACGGUUCACCAGUCCAGGCCUAUAGGUUUCCUAACAUUAGUGCGGCUGACACAGCUUGCCCCCAGCUCUUCCACAGAAAAGAGGGUCUACUCGGCGAAUCGCAGAGACGGCGGCUUUGUGGAAGCAUGGCAGAAGCGGAGUUACAAAGCUUUACCUCUAUCAUGGACGCGCUAGUUCGCAUUAGUUCCAACAUGAAGAGCAUGGAACAGGAGCUGCAUUGCCCGGUGUGCGAUGAGAUGGUGAAGCAGCCCGUCCUCCUGCCGUGCCAGCACAGUGUGUGUCUGCUGUGUGCGGCUGAGGUGUUGGUGCAGAGAGGUUACCCUCCUCCAGACCUCCCUCCAGAGCCCAUGUCGCCGGCCUCCACGCCCAACACUCGCUCCCCACGACAGACACGCAAACCCACACCAAGGACCCCCGACCGCCUGGAGCGGGUCCUCAGAACAGUGUGCGGGACAUACCCAGGGCGAAGACGGAAGGACGCGGCCCAUCCCCCCAUGUUGUUCCCAUGUCCUUCCUGUCAGCAGGACGUGGAGCUCGGAGAAAAAGGCCUGUCAGACUGCCUCCGUAACCUCACUCUGGAGCGUAUUGUGGAGAGGUACAGGCACACAGUCAGUCUGGGCAGCGUGGCCAUCAUGUGUGGUUUCUGUAAGCCGCCUCAGUCUCUGGAGGCCACAAAAGGCUGCGCUGACUGCAAGUCCAACUUCUGCAACGAGUGUUUCAAACUCUACCACCCUUGGGGAACGCCCCGAGCUCAGCACGAACACAUUCUACCCACCAACAACUUUAGGCCAAAGGUCCUAAUGUGCACAGACCACGAGCAGGAGAGGCUGCAGUGGUACUGCCGUAACUGCCAGAGGUUGCUGUGCCCACUUUGCAAGCUUCGACGUGUCCACCACGGACACAAAGUGUUGCCUAUAGCACAGGCCUAUCAGGCCCUCAAGGAUAAGGUCACCAAGGAAGUCAACUUCAUCCUGGCCAACCAGGAGACAAUACAGAGCCAGAUCACUCAACUGGAAGCAGCCAUCAAACAGAUGGAGGCUAACAGUGCAGUAGCUCUGCAGCAACUGACCCGCUGUAUCCGGGAGCUGGGAGCGGCUGUAGCUGAGCGUCAGGGCGCUCUGGCUCUGGCCCUGGAGGGAUCUCGCAGCAGGAGGGAGGAGGCCCUGUCUGCUCAGGUCUCUGAAAGGCGUGGACUAUUGGAGCAUGCGGGCCUGAUGGCCUACACACAGGAGCUGCUCAAGGAGACCGACGCACCUUGCUUUGUACAGGCCGCCAGAGUCACUCACAACAGGCUGGUGAAGGCCAUAGAAAACCUCCAGUGUUUCUCCCUCGCUGCCGAUCCUUCCUUCAGACAUUUUCACUUGGACGCGUCCAGAGAGAUCAAGCUCAUCAACAGCUUGGAGUUCAUACAUGCCCCACUGGCUCCAGUCAUUGACACCCAGAAGACGUUAGCUUAUGACCAGCUGUUCUUGUGCUGGCGCCUCCCUCAGGACUCGGCCCCAGCUUGGCACUUCUCCGUGGAAUACCAGCGACGGGCGGGAGGAGCCGCAGCCACGUGGGGUGGCACCAGGUCCCCUAACGCUGCGAUGUCAUGGCAGCGCCUCGAUGAAGUGAGAGGGACCAGUGCCGUGAUUGACCGGCUGCAGAUGGACAGUGUCUAUGUGCUCAGGGUGAGGGGAUGCAACAAGGCCGGGUUUGGAGAGUACAGUGAAGAGGUGUACCUCCACACUCCACCGGCACCUGUGUUGAGUUUCUCCUUGGACUCUCGCUGGGGCUUGCAUGCCGACAGGCUGGCACUGGGUAGAGGCCAAACGUACGCCCGCAGUGUGCCAGGCCUCUCCCUCCUGCAGGCUGCUGACCGCACGCUCACCUCCUGCCACCUGACCUCUGACCUGCUGGUGGCCGACUUGGCUGUCACUCAGGGCAGACACUACUGGGCAUGCUCUGUGGAGCCUGGGUCCUAUCUGGUAAAGGUAGGAGUAGGGCAGGAGGCUAAGCUACAAGAGUGGUUCCAUCUCCCUCAGGACAUGGCCAGCCCUCGCUGUGACCCAGAUAGUGGCCAUGACAGCGGGGCAGAGGACGGCCAGGACUCCCCUCCCUUCUGCUUCCUCACCAUGGGCAUGGGCAAGAUCCUGCUCCCUCAAGGACAUGGCCACAGUCAGAGCCAGGGGGGGGACAGCCAGAGCCAUGGAGGAGUACACUCCCACAGCAGCGGCCACAGUAACCUGCCUCACCCUCACACCGCUCCCCUGCCACCCCGACUAGGAGUGUGUUUGGACUGCGAUAAAGGACGAGUCACCUUCUAUGAUGCCCACUCGUUGCGGAUCUUGUGGGAGGGACACGUGGAUUGCUCUGCUCCGGUGUGUCCGGCCUUCUGCUUCAUCGGCGGCGGAGCCCUGCAGCUGCAGGAUCUUGUGGCCAAUCGGAGCAUCGAGGAGCCGCCGCCACGGAGGGUAACCAUCCAAACACGAGCAACAAAUCUCAGUAAAUAAAUAAGGAGACAGUUUAUGAGCACAGUUCACUCAGAGAUCAAAGUUUGCCUCAUGUCCCUAGAGUUAAAGGUGGUUUAUAUUCACCACUUUGGCUUUGGCUUCAAUACUUGAUUGAACUGACACUACUAAAUAUGGUUACCUUUUUCCUCUCUGUGAUUUUUGAGAUCUGAUGAUAAAUAUCUGAUGUUCUUUUGCAUUUGCACCUUGCUUGAUUUAUUUAAUAUUUUUCCUGCUUUUUUUCUCCUUGACUACGGACAUUGUGGCUGAAGUGAUUUUAGACUAUGCAGAAUUCUGUUGACAGGGUGAGUCAAAUCCCUUUAUAACAGGUUUAAAAAAAAGUUUGCAGUGUAAGAAAAAAUCUGCCCUCCCGUUACACUUGUUUUAAUUUGUCCCAGAAUGAUCGGACAACAAAAGUUGCAUGCAAGUGUAACAAGGAUUCAUAACUUACAUAUAUGCAGAUAACUGACCUUGAUAACCCUAACCCUAACCACCUUGUGAAAGCACCUCAGAUGUACUGUACGUCUAAUUUUCUAUCUUCACUUUUUAUGUAGCCUCAACAAAGUGUUAACAACGUGAACGUAAUGCAGAAUUAGAGAAUGUGAAUAUUCUUCGGGUGUUGAAUUAAACGGUCCCACUUGGAAUUUUAUAUAGUCGCUGUUUAGCAUUUCAGGACUUGUGUGGCAUUUCGGCUGGGUAAACACGCUCACAGUUGCCUCAGUGUUUUCAGAUUUACAACAGAAAUCACCAUAAAAAAGGUUCUAAAGAAUAAUGUUCUCAUCGCUCCGUUUGACUUAUAAACAUGUGAAUACAUUACAGUGUUUUCCAUUUUGGCGAGAGUUAAAAGAUAUAGAUGACAUACUUGUUCAGUAUUAAACUGUGGUGUUUGAGUGAUUUCCAUAUACACAUUAAUGAUCAGUUAGAGGAAGUGGAUGAAUGAAGUAACCAGCUAAAGUAGGUCUAUUUUAAAAGCUCUGGUUGACUUUAAACCUGACUUUUUUUCCCCAUAGCUUUUGUUUUUUCCUAUUGCAACUGACAGUAGCUCAUUUACUAACUGACUAAGCUGAUUCACACUUACGUUUGUGGAAUGUAAGAGCCCAGUUAUCUCUCAUUUCAAUGCAAAAGAUUGUCUAUAUUGUAAUAUUUUCAAAUGAACUGGCUUGGACUGUAUUUUGAUAUAUAUUAUGAUUUUCUGUCGUGUGUGAGUGUGUGCAUGUGUGUGUGUGUGAUAGAGAGAGAGAGAGAGCUCUGGCUGUGACUUUCAUGCUUUCUGAUGUGUGUAUGUGUGCGUAUCCUGUCUUGAAAACCUCAUCUAGACCCCUCUACUUGUGUUACAGCACAGCACUUGAAUGACUUUAGACUGUAGCAUCUCAGAAAUCAGAAUCUACAAAUUUAGUCUUUGCCUUGCUGGCAGAAUGUUUCUAUCGUGUCAUGAGAAACACAAUAAAUGACUGAUAACUGUA